UAAUUUUUUCCGACCAAACCCGCGCUCCUCGUUCUCCUCCUCCGACAGAAGCAGCAGCUGCGCUGCUCUCCGCCGCAACUGCUUUGCUGCUCCCCGCCGCCGCAGCUCCCCUUCUCCCCCGCUCUCCCGCCGCCGCAGCUCCCCUGCUUCCCCGCUCUCCCGCCGCAGCCGCCUCCUGCUCCGCCGCCGCAGCUACCGCUCGCCUGCCUCCCCAAGCUCCCCCUUUCUCAAAAAAAAUCCUUGAUUUGGAUCCCAUGUUAGUCCAACCCACAGCUCUGCUUCGGCUGCGUCGGAACCGCCGUCGGAGAGCCUGCAGGCGCCGGAUCCGGACCACCAAUAACAACCUAAAGGCCGACGAGCAGCCGGGUGUCGUCCUCGCCGUCGACGACGACGGUGCCGCCGACGCCGCGAAGCGAGGGCGAGAUCCUCCAGUCGGUCAACGUCAAGAGCUUGCGGGCCUCCUCGCCGCCCCUGCCUCGUCGCGGGCUCGCCACACCGCAACUCUUCUUGUUCAUUUCUAUCUGGCUUGACUGGUUGCGGCGCGGGAGAAGGCCGAGGCCGCGCUCGCCGCGGGGGAUGCCGUGCGGGCGGAGGCCCUCUUCACCGAGAGCAUCGCCAUGGACUGCAUCUUGUACUGGCAGAGAAUGUGUUUGGCCGCCAAGUACUCCAUCUUGUACUGACAGAGAAUGUGCUGUAAAGGUGGGCUGCAUCUGGCCUACGGAGGCAGGUGUAAGGCGCCCUCACAGAUGCCGAGGAAGCGAUAAGGAUAGCUCUCAAAUUUCCUCAGGAAUGGAGGAGCACAAGGAGCAGAGGAGCAACUCCUUACAGUACCUUCUUCUUCUUGACGAACAGGAGCUGUGGCGGCAGCUGGGCAGACGAGCAGCAGUAGUAUGGGCAGAGGAGCUCCACCGGCGGGGGAGAAGCAGCAGCAGUAUGGGCAGAGGAGCUCCACCGGCGGGCGCGCGGGCAGGGAAGAAGGAGCAGCACGGGCUCGCGCGGGAGAUUGAGGAGGACGAGAUGGAGAUCGAGGAGGAAGCGCGCGAACUCCUGGUCCACCGGAUCGUGGAGGCAGUUUCCGGCGAAGCCCGUAGGGGAUAGCGGCCAGGAGGGAUUGCAGCGGCGCAUGCGCGGAGGAUCGUGGCCAGGAGGAAUUGCGGCGGCGCACGCGCCGAGCUCAAGGAGUACGCGCUGGAGCUUGAGGAGGAUGUGCCGGAGCUCGAGGAGGACGUGUCGGGAGGUUCCGGUGACGCCCGCAGGUAAUUGCGGCGGAGCAGUACGUGGCGACCAAGGCGGCGGAGCAGUACCUGGCGACGAAGGCGGCGGAGCAGGUACUUGGUGAAGGUGGCGGAGCACUUCCUGGUGGGCGGCAAAUCGCACAGCUGGGCGACGCCGGCCGCUGGCGACGGCGGAGGAGGAAGACGUGGGCGGUGACUUGUUUGAUACAGUUUUGAAACCACGAGGGUGUUUCUGUAAAACUGCGAAUGAACUGUGCUCGCGACAUGUUUUUCGGGACAGAGGGAGUACAAGUUUUUUUUAGAGAUUUUAAUAUGGAUUUACAUACAGAGCAAAAUGAGUGAAUCUACCCUCUAAAUACGUGUAUAUACAUCUGUAUGUAGUCCAUGUAGAAAUUUUUAAAAGACUUAUAUUUAGGAAAGGAGGGAGUAGCAUAGAUGGGAAGGAUCACAUGAAUGUAGACGAACGAUAAAUAGACAUGAGCAAAUCCAUCAAAGGCAGAUCCGUCGGAGACACACACGCCCACCGACAUUGCUAGAUGCACCACCGAAACCGGGGCUAGUCAGGAAGAACCUUAUUCCAUCAUCAGGGAGCCACCAUCGUCUCACCUUCCUGAGAAGGACACAAACCCUAACAAAAAUCAAAAACACAUCUAAAAACAAAGCUCCCUCCCCCCACCUGUAAGGGUCGGGAUCCACCGUGCCACAUGGCCCUAAGGCCAUCGGAGACAAGGUAGAGCUGGCGCAGUCCAUGAAGAUGUGGCAGCAUUCCUACUUCUACGUCGAGAACGUGGAUCCGGCUGCCGACUUCCUCAAUCUGCCAGCUUACGAGGCCGGCCCUCCCACUGGGCUCCGGCCUAACUGGGGCUACAAGCCGAAGCCAGUGACGCCAGACGCAGCGGCCGCCAUCGGCCGACUUCGGGUGCUCCAGGAGUCGGAGGGCCUCGUGGCCUCUGACCUCCUGAUUGCCUUCGUCGAGCGCCGGGUUCUCCCGCUCCAGAGCCGCCCUCAUCUGAUCUUCCGGAUGAGCGUGCACCGCGACCCCAGCCGGCUGUGCACGAAGCAGAUGCCGACUGCUGAGGUCGCGUGUAUGGUGAAUGAGAUCUCCGACCUCAAGGUGUUGGAGGUGGAGUGGCGGUACAGGAAGCGGCCGUACUCGCGCGACGAUCCGCCGCCUUCCAUAAGUUUUCUUCACCUCUUCCUUCUGAUCUGUUUUCUCCAGCCUUGUUCCUAUCGUGAUGCAACUCCUUUCUGGUCGUAGAUUUACAUGUCCGCGGCGACGGCCACCCUCCUGGGCCGGGUGAUGACUGCCUGUCGGACAGGGCGGUGAGCGACUUGGAUGAUCCCGACUUGGGGGCGGCCGCCCUGGCGGACAACGCAACAGGCGGCGGUGGCGGAGCAAGCGGCUCCGAGGAGGGCGGCGGCAUGGAGACUUGGCCCGACGACGAUGAUGAUGAAGACGAGCCGCGCCCCGCCCGGAGCACUGCCAACACCGGCGCAGGACUCUCUACUAGGCCGCCCGCCCGUGGUGGCAAGAGCAGGCAGAAGCAGGGUGCUGCCCUGUUUGGCAGCGCCCCAAAGAAGCCCAAGAACCCGACCACAGCGACCAGGCGGAAAGAAGUCGCGGCCAAGGUGGCCAAGUAUCAGAGGCAGCCGAAGGUGCCCGUCAUGGUGUCGGCGUAAGUAUCCUUCCCAUGUUUUCCGUCUUCUUGCCAACCCAGUCAAAAAGCUUUUUUGACUUGUCUUCUUAUUUUAGGGCCCCACUGGUCCUCGAGAAGUCGAGCGCCGCCUCGGUUGUCAGGUCGGCGGCGACCUCCUC